AUGGGGAGAACCAUGGCCGUCGGCGGUGCCGGCGCAAGUGACCACCUGAAGUCGUCGUGGCCGGAGGUUGUGGGCUGGGACGGUAUUACAGCGUCGCUCAAGAUCAAAGCCGACAGGAUGGACGUCUACAUAGAGUUGCACUUCGUCGGCGACACCCUGGCGCCGGGUGAAGACAACCACCGCGUCCGCCUUUUUGGCGACCGCGUCACGGGCUUGGUCGCUCAGACGCCCGUCGUUGGCUAG